UGGGGGUUGGGAACUUGGGACAGAUGGAUUGUCUUAGCAGGCAGACGCGAGGAAUUUCUUAAACGAGUAAGAUCGCGUAUAAUGUAGUUUGCUGAGGGCAGUCAACUAUCUCAGCGUGGCGGGCUGUUUAUCAACACAAAACUUUGUUGCAUUCGGUGCCAGUUGGUUAUAACGGAAGACACGCGUAGACUUGAUUCACACAGGAAUGCUUGAGUACCGCGAGAACUAACAUUUCUUUGCUCUUGGAGUUAAGAAACAGCCACAGAUUUGCACUGACGCCUCUCUGAGACACAAUUUGGGAGAAUGCGGUGGCUGGGAUGUUAUCGGCUGGGGCCCGUAUGGAAAGCACUCUUGGUAUUUGUUGUGAUCGCUUUUGCUGGGCAACUUCUGGGAGUCAUCUUCAACAAAAGCUGGAUGCAACCAGAGAGGCCUCACUCCCUCUACAAUUUUCCCUCUGACAAUUCCCAAGGGGACUCUCUGGGGUCUUGUCAGCCCCACACACACAUCAUGUUCCUGAAGACUCAUAAGACAGCAAGCAGCACCGUUCUCAAUUUGCUCUAUCGCUUUGGAGAGGAGCGGGGCCUUAAAUUUGCCCUGCCCGUGGGGUACCAAUUUGGCUACCCGUUGCCCUUUAUCGCCCAGAGGGUGAAAGGAUACAGAGGCCCUCACGUGGCAGAAUUUGACAUUAUGGGAAAUCACAUGCGUUUCAACAAACCAGAGGUUGAGAAGGUCAUGCCAACCGACACCUUCUAUUUCUCCAUCCUUCGAGACCCUUUGGCACUAGCUGAAUCCUCUUAUGCCUACUACAAAAACGUUGCCCCUGCCUUCAGGCGUGCCAAAGGACUGGGAGAUUUUGCAGACAACCCCUAUAAGUACUAUGACCCCAGACUCCGAAACAACCAUUAUGCCCGCAACCUGAUGUGGUUUGACUUUGGUCUGGAUCACACCUCUAACUUCAGCCUAGCGCUGGUCAAGCGCGGUGUGGCAGCAGUGCGUCGGAACUUCAAUCUCAUCCUUCUCUCAGAGUAUUUUGACCAAUCUAUGGUGCUGCUGCGCCACGCUCUGUGCUGGCCACUAGAUGCUGUGGUUUCUUUUAACCUAAACGCCAGGCAGCAAGUGCCCAGUGGAAGGUCAGGAUGGGUGGUCAAGGCAGCUCCGGCCCCCUUGACUUUAACAGACAAGCAAAAAUCAAAAUUACGUGAGUGGAAUGCUCUGGACUGGCACCUUUACCAAGCUUUCAAUCUCACUUUUUGGCAGGAAGUAGAUCGCUUUGGGCGUAGUCGGAUGGAGACUGAGGUGGCCUUGCUUAGGACCAAAAGGGAGAUUCUCACUCGCAUUUGCUUACGCGACGGCGGCCGCCCCAUAGAAGCCAGUCGUAUCCGAGACAAGACCAUCCGCCCUUUCCAGAGUGGAUUAGUGAAGAUCUUGGGUUAUGAGUUGCAGUCGGGACUGGACAACACCACGUGGGAAGCUUGCCUUCGCAUGAUCAGGCCUGAAAUUCAGUACAAAGACUUGCUGGAUCUUCGGCAAUUCCCGCGAGCCCAGCAGCCCCCAGUCGCUGGAGGGCUUCCAAUAAGGAGGGAGUCCUCAAAACUCAGGACUGAAGACCAUGGGGGAAAGGGAUUUGUGGAGAAGGACUGGGAUGGGACCAUUCUGCUUCGGAAUCGAUCAUUAGAUCAUCAGAUUGAUUCAAAAGUAAGAUUUAGAUAGUGGUUGCACCUUUUUUGCCUCAAGGUCAGUAGUUCUGACCCAUUUCGGCUCCACGGGCCUCUGUGCUGCACUACUAGAGGAGAAGGGAUAUCCAACACACCACUUUUUCAUCGACUCUUCCUCCUCAUUUUACCCUUCUACACUCUAUUUUUUACAACAGUAAGUGUCGAGGUGAAGAGGUACAUUGCAGUGGCUGGAGUGAUAUAAUGGUAUAAACAUGCCUAGAUGGUGGCUAAGCGCAUAAGCUCACUGUUGGUGAGUUUGAUAUUGAGAAUGAGUGAGAAUGGUGCUUCCUUGUCCAUGCCGAGCCAUGGAAUGGUACAAAAAUAAGUGGUUGCAGUGUUUCAAACAUAUUGUUUAACCUACUCUUAAACAUAUGAAGUAUCUUUGGUGCAUACUAGCGUUCAAAAGUUUGGGUUAGUAAAAUUUGUUUUUCAAGAAAUUAAUACUUUAUUCAAGUGGGAGCAUGAAAUUGAUCAGAAGUGACAUUGAAGAGGUGUUUGAUUAUGAUUUCACUUUUCUAACUUUGGUUAGUGUGUAAUGAUGCUGUUUAAGCAUAAACAACA